UAAAGGUAUGGCAGGGGAAUAGAGUUGAUAAAAAGCCAGAUCUUUAUCUUCAAUCCUUCAAAUGAUGAUAGCUUGUUCAGGACAUUUGAACCUGGAGUCCCCGAUCAAAGCAGGCGAAUGGUAGAUUUAAAAUUUCGACCAGCACCAAAUGUAAAUGGGAAUAAUAAAUGAAACCGAGUUUGUCAAACUGACGUGACAGCUUGCACACGGAAAUUAAAUGAUGCACGAGAGCGGGGAACAGCAGCAAGGAGGACACGGUUCUUGUUACGAUUCUUGUUACGAUUGUCGCAAAAAAUGUUGCUGGUUCUUGAAGAAACUGGUGGUGUUUUGUUUCUCCCAGAUUGGGAUCGUGUGUCUCGUGGUAGCUUAUGCCUUCCUAGGGGCUGCCAUAUUCGAAACUUUGGAGGAACCCAAAGAGGAACUGAAUCGUGUAGUUGUCGGAGAUUUAAGGAAUAAAUCGGUUAAAAAACUUUGGAAACUCAAUAAGGAAUUGUUUUUGUAUGAACAGAAGAACUGGGAACUUGCUGUACAGGAAGUUCUAUUAAAUUUCCAGAAGGAGAUAUAUGUAGCCGUGACGGAGAAAGGGUGGGAUGGCCGAGUCGAGGACUACACCGGGGUUUCUGAUUGGUCAUUUACAGGAGCUCUUCUCUACUCUGUCACUGUCAUUACAACCAUAGGAUAUGGGAACAUUACGCCUAAGACCACAAUGGGACGAUUGGUAACAAUCCUAUAUGCCUUCAUCGGAAUCCCUCUAACAAUGAUUUGUUUGGCUAAUGUGGGUCACGUGCUCAGCAUUUCUUUCAAACUUCUUUACAGACGGUUGAUAUGCAGUAAGAAAAAGAAAGAAAGCAGUUCCGCUUCGUCAGAUUCUUCUUCGAAAUAUCUUGUGACAAACCAGCAAGUAAUUAAAACAGAGACAGAGGACAGCGAAAUGGUUGUUAUUACAGAGGACGAAGGGGUCAAAGAAACCCACGUGCCCGUGUACGUGUGUCUCCUUCUAGUCAUUGCCUACAUUCUCCUUGGGACUGCCCUGUUCAGCCUCUGGGAGUCCUGGGACCCUCUAACGGCGGGCUACUUCUGUUUCAUCACCCUUAGUACGAUAGGGUUUGGUGAUGUGGUGCCAGGUCAUAGUCUGGAGUCCUGGGCCAGUCCGGCCAAGCGCAUCACGUGCGCCCUCUAUCUCCUGUUUGGUCUCACUCUUAUUUCCAUGUGUUUCAGUCUGUUGGUCGACGAGGUUCAGGACAAAACCAGAAGGUUUGGUCGAUGGAUUGGACUGUUAAAAAGAGAAGGAAACUAAUUAUUGCAGCGCCACUUUAUAAUGUACUUGUGAAUUCCCCUUUUGUCAAUGUUGGUUUCACAAAACAUUCUUUUUCUUGCUUGACGUGUCUUUUUAGGCUAUUGGAGCCUCUUUCCUUACAUCUUAUUUCAAAAUAUCUUUACUUACUAUUUUAAUAUGGAUUACUGGUAUUUUGACAAUAUGUACACUCGUAACGAUAUUUUCAUAUGAACAAUUCUGGAAGACGACAUGGCGAAUCUUAAGGUGUACAUUAUGUACUGUGUAUGGGGGAGGGAAUUGGAGUUCAUCACUUCAUCAAUCGAGUGACGAUUAGAAGGGGUGCUCUCUCCUUUAGAAUAUUAUUGUGGCUUUAACUCAACUUGAGAAUUCCUAAUACAUGUAAUAAUGAUUCAAAUUGUACAUUUUAAAAAUAGUGAUAAUUUCCCUUAUUUUUUUUUAAUUGGGCUUUUACUGGACAAAAUAUAUAACAUAAAAGCACAAUUCAAAAUAAGGUUAGAUCAUGAUAAAAAUUAAGUCUUAAUAUAAUUCUAAAGUUACAUUGUAUUUGUUCAAUCCUAACUUGUUUGGAAGUUCCUCUUUUAGAAAAACCGCUAUUUAGCUAGAGUAUGUCCCAAGUUACCGUUCGUGUAACUUUUUGGCUUUUUUUUUUUACGAAAACUUACACAAGCCUGGCAAAGAUAUGGAAUGUAAAUCGAUAUAAGAAAAAAACAACUUCUAUGUUUCUUCAUUAGAGCGUAAUAAAGUUUUACCUGUUAAAAUUAAGAGGAACGAAAACAGAUUUUGGGGAAAUCUGACACCUUUUUUCCAUUCAGAUGUCUCUCGGAACACAUCGCACAAUUUUACAAAAAAUCACCCGGGUUUUAUCGUUUGUCAUUUCUUCUAUGAUUAUAUGUGACUGUUUGUUCAACUACUUGGAUUCUGACGCCAGCCAGUGCAGUCGUUUUAAAUGCAAAAUCCCCGUAUUUUUUUUUCUAAUUUCUAUUCGCGAUCAAUAAUCUGACAAUUUAGAGGGAGUUUUUAAAAAAAAACCCAGUAGUUUUGAACCAUUAUUUAUGAGUAUCGAAUAAUUUUAAACAAUGUGCUGCAUAAACGUCUUAGGAAGAGUACAACAGGCAAAGUAUUCAUAAUAAAUAUACAUGUAAUCUUUUUCUACAAUCAACGCCAUCUCCAUAGCCCUCAUAAACAUCACCUAAUUAAGAUCGAGAGCAUUUUAAUGUGUAUUUUUACUUCUAUCUGUGGAUCUUUCAUCAAUUAUUCAUAUAAAAGAGUAAA